AGAAAAAAGAAAGCAUCCUUUUAUAUAUUGUAUCAGGUCCUGUGAACACAAUAGACAUGUGGCAAAGGAAAGAUCUGUAAUUGAAGCACAUCCAGAUCAAUUUGAGAUUCAAUAUUCUUUAGAGAACUCAGUUUUAAUUUAUUUAUAUAGAUGAUACAGAAAGCAAUGAAAAAAAAAAGUAACAAAUUAAAUAGUUUUAUUGCCCUUCAUUCCAAUCUAUUGAAAGCGCUUCCAGAACACGAAACUGAAGAACUUAUUCUAGAAGAAGAACAAAGUAAGAGGCAUCAUUAUGUUUCCUAGAUUUAUUGCCCUUUCUCCUUUAACAAUCACGGCAAUUAUCUAUUAGGAAAUUUUUGCUUAGAUCCAGUUUAUCAUAGACUCUUUUAGGUUUAGAUCUUUAUAUGUAAUUCAUGCGAAAAGCUAAUAAACCCACUACAGCAUUUCAGUUUCCUUUUGCAACUUGAUUUGAAAAACACAGGAAGCCUAAGCAAUAAGUCCUGGUUUGAUUACUUUGAUCUCAUUUAAUAUUGUCACCUUAUUUAUGGAAUUAAUUAAUUAGAUAAUAAUUAACUUCUUUGAAAAGUCUUUCUAAGAUUAUGAUACAAGAAACUACAUUUUUGGGGCUUAAGGAGUUUAGUUCAUUGUUGUUUCUUCUGCUUUUUUUUUGGGUAAACUGUGAUGGAGAAAAGAAACCCCUGUUGGAAGCAAUGCAUAUAUACUUCUCGUGAAAGUGAAAGUGAAAAGAAAAGCAAGGGGUCGCUAAGUGUUUUCACCUUAAGAAGCUUAGCGUUUCCUGUCACGCUCCCACUCUACUACAAAUUGAAGUAACAUCUUCUAAAUUGAAUCCAAAGAAUAAAAGAAAAUGCUGCUGCCAUCUUCUUCUUCUGCUUCAGUUCUUGUCUCCCUUCUUCUCUUCCUUUUGGCUUCUUCCUCCUCUGCAAUUGGGGGACAGCUCAUUAUCGUAAACAACUGCAAUGAAAGCAUAUGGCCUGGAGUUCUUGGAGGUGCAGGUCACCAAACUCCCAAAGAUGGUGGUUUUCAUCUGGGCAGCGGAGAGGAAAUAGUCCUUGAUUUACCCCAAAAGUGGUCAGGGAGGAUAUGGGGUAGGCAAGGAUGUUCCUUUGAUAAAAAUGGUAAAGGGUCAUGUGACACAGGAGAUUGCUCUGGCUUACUUCACUGCCAAGGCGCCGGAGGUGCACCCCCAGCAACUAUCGUGGAAAUGACUCUGGGAUCUUCUACUUCUCCCUUGCACUUCUAUGAUGUAAGUUUGGUUGAUGGGUUCAAUUUGCCAGUUUCAAUGGCACCAGUUGGGGGUGGAAUAGGAUGUGGAGUAGCAUCAUGUAAGGUUGAUGUCAACAUUUGCUGUCCAUCUGCUCUGGAAGUGAAAAGAGAUGGUAAAAUAGUGGGGUGCAAAAGUGCUUGCUUGGCUAUGCAAUCGGCUAAGUAUUGCUGCACAGGGGAGUAUGGAAAUCCAAAGACUUGCAAGCCAACCCUUUUUGCACAUCUCUUCAAGGCAAUAUGCCCAAAGGCUUACAGUUAUGCUUUUGAUGAGUCUAGCAGCCUUAACAAAUGCAGGGCUUCUCGCUAUGUUAUUACUUUCUGCCCUCCUAAAUAAGCAACUGCAACUGCAAGAGAGUAUUAUUGAUAUUGAAAAAUAAAGUCUCGAGUUCAAUUAUCAGUUGAAACCAA